AUGAGGGCAGUUAGAGAUGCAGCCUUGUCCACCGGAAGCUGCUUGACCAUCCGGCCAGCCACCAACACCAACUGUGAGACCAUCCGGCCGGACACCAGCACCAACUGUGAGACCAUCCGGCCGGACACCAGCACCAACUGUGAGACCAUCCGGCCAGCCACCAGCACCAACUGGGAGACCAUCCGGCCAGCCACCAGCACCAACUGGGAGACCAUCCGGCCAGCCACCAGCACCAACUGGGAGACCAUCCGGCCAGCCACCAGCACCAACUGUGAGACCAUCCGGCCGGACACCAGCACCAACUGUGAGACCAUCCGGCCGGACACCAGCACCAACUGUGAGACCAUCCGGCCAGCCACCAGCACCAACUGGGAGACCAUCCGGCCGGCCACCAGCACCAACUGUGAGACCAUCCGGCCGGCCACCAGCACCAACUGUGAGACCAUCCGGCCGGCCACCAGCACCAACUGUGAGACCAUCCGGCCAGCCACCAGCACCAACUGUGAGACCAUCCGGCCGGCCACCAGCACCAACUGGGAGACCAUCCGGCCGGCCACCAGCACCAACUGUGAGACCAUCCGGCCAGCCACCAGCACCAACUGGGAGACCAUCCGGCCGGCCACCAGCACCAACUGUGAGACCAUCCGGCCAGCCACCAGCACCAACUGUGAGACCAUCCGGCCGGCCACCAGCACCAACUGCGAGACCAUCCGGCCGGCCACCAGCACCAACUGUGAGACCAUCCGGCCAGCCACCAGCACCAAUUGGGAGACCAUCCGGCCAGCCACCAGCACCAACUGUGAGACCAUCCGGCCAGCCACCAGCACCAACUGGGAGACCAUCCGGCCAGCCACAAGCACCAACGGGGAGACCAUCCGGCCAGCACCAACUGGGAGACCAUCCGGCCAGCCACCAGCACCAACUCUGGAUUAA